AGACCGUAGGGCUUUCUCGUGUCCCUUUUGCGGUGACUGGGCUGGGUGGGCUGGCUGAGGCGCAGUCUGAGGGCUUUGUGUCCCCCACCCCCGCUGACCCUGAAAGGUGGGUGGGCUGCACGCCAGCCUUUGCUUUCUACAGCCCCAGGCAAGCCCCUUCUGUGCUCUGUUCUAACGUCCCGGGACAGCUUCCACCUUUUCUUCCUGCUGGGCGUGGAACCCCACGGUGGGUGACGGGAAGCAGGCGGCGGCGCGGGGACCACUGAUGCCCCGCUGGCCGCACGCGGGCCCGCAGCAGCCUCGAGGUCCUAUCCUAAGCACACCUUCCUGGGCCCUCAGCCUCUGGAGGCCAGGCUACCUCCCAUAGUGGCCAGGGUCCCCUCCUGGUGGCAGGUCCCGGAAGGCUGUGAUGACGCAGUGCUCAGAGCCUUUGUGCGGCCUGUAAACACGGGCGUGUGUUCUGGGUGAGCGAGUGAGGGGAGGCAAGCCGGCCACACGGGUCCUGUGGCCUCGGGCCUGGUUGCCCAACAGGUGGCUGGGGGCGGGCCAGGCUGCUGAUUAAAGGCUGCCCGGAGCUGCCAGCGCCACACAGGUGCCCAGCAGCCCAGGAAGUCGCAGUGCCUGCCCCAGUUGUCGCCUCCCUGUCCCCUGCAACAUCGCCAUGGCCGAGGCGCCCCGGGCUGAGACCUUUGUCUUCCUGGACCUGGAAGCCACUGGGCUCCCCGAGGUGGACCCCGAGAUCGCCGAGCUAUCCCUGUUCGCCGUGCACCGAUCCUCACUAGAGGGCCCCUCACGCACCAGGUCCGGUGGCCUGGCACUGCCCCGGGUCCUGGACAAACUGACGUUGUGCAUGCAGCCCCAGCGCCCCUUCACUGCCAAGGCCAGUGAGAUCACCGGGCUGAGCAGCGAGGGCCUGGCCCAGUGCGGGAAGGCUGGCUUCGAUGGUGCCGUGGUGCAGACGCUGCAGGCCUUCCUGAGCCGCCAGGAGGGUCCCAUCUGCUUGGUGGCCCACAAUGGCUUUGACUAUGACUUCCCGCUGCUGCGCACAGAGCUGCAGCGCCUGGGCGCCCACCUGCCCCCAGACACCGUCUGCCUGGACACGCUGCCUGCGCUGCGGGGCCUGGACCGUGCCCACAGUCACGGCACGCGGUCCCAGAGCUGCAAGGGCUACAGCCUGGGCAGCCUCUUCCGCCGCUACUUCCAGGCCGAGCCCUGUGCCGCCCACUCAGCCGAGGGUGACGUGCACACGCUGCUCAUGGUCUUCCUGCACCGCGCUCCUGAGCUGCUGGCCUGGGCCGACGAGCAGGCGUGCAGUUGGGCUCACAUCGAGCCCAUGUAUGCCUUGUCCGAUGGUCCGUGCCUCGAGGGCUGAGCUCCAGGCUCUGCACCCAGGCCACUGCCUUCGCCGGGGCUGUGUCAACCUACCCGGCUCGCUGGGCUCAGCCUUGGUGGCCUCACCCCUUCGUCAGGUAGCCCUGCGCCUGUCCGUCCUUGCCCCGGCAUGAGAAGUCCCACAACCCCAGACCCUCCUGGCACACCCUGGCCCGUGCCCGUGGAGUCCCAAUAAACGUCCCGCUGCUCACCA